GGCUGGCGGCCGGCUGCCAUGGCUCAGCCUCUGCGGCAGCCAGAGCCUCUACUCCCGCCUCUCCCCUCCCCGCCUGCCCCCGAUGCCCACCAGGCUUUUGCGUCUGCUGGGGCCCCCGCCUGACCAGCCUCCCCUCCGCCUUGUGUUGGGGUUUGGGGGCUGAGGCCAAUGCCGUGCCGGCUCCUCCGGGGCCUGGCGGCAGCUCUCCUGAGCCUCCUGUGUGUGUGGCUCCUGGUCCUGCGCUUCCUCUCGGGUGGGUCUCCCCAGGGGGGCCAGGAGACCCCCGGGCUGAGUGCGCCGAGCCCUGGGCCCCGGCCUCUGCAGCUGCCCGACGUCUUCAUCGCGGUCAAGACCACCCGGGCCUUCCACCGCUCCCGCCUGGAGCUGCUGCUGGACACGUGGGUCUCCAGGACCAGGCGACAGACGUUCGUCUUCACCGACAGCCCAGACGAAGGCCUCCAGGAGAGACUGGGCUCCCACCUCGUGGUCACCAACUGCUCCACCGAGCACAGCCACCCCGCCCUGUCCUGCAAGAUGGCUGCCGAGCUGGAUGCCUUUGUGAUCAGCGGGCGCAGGUGGUUCUGCCACGUGGAUGACGACAACUACGUCAACCCGCGGGCUCUGCUGCAGCUGCUGAACAGCUUCCCGCAGUCCCGCGACGUCUACGUGGGCCGGCCCAGCCUCAACCGGCCCAUCCACGCCUCGGAGCCGCAGCCGCACAACCGCUCGAGGCUGGUCCAGUUCUGGUUCGCCACGGGGGGUGCUGGCUUCUGCAUCAACCGCAGGCUGGCUUUGAAGAUGGCCCCGUGGGCCAGCGGCUCCCGCUUCAUGGACACGUCUGCUCUCAUCCGGCUGCCGGACGACUGUACCGUGGGCUACAUUGUGGAGCGCAAGCUGGGCGGCCGCCUGCAGCCCAGCCCCCUCUUCCACUCCCACCUGGAGACCCUGCAGCUGCUGGGGGCGGCCCAGCUCCUGGAGCAGGUCACUCUGAGCUACGGCGUCUUCGAGGGGAAGCUCAAUGUCAUUAAGCUGCAAGGCCCCUUCUCCCCGGAGGAGGACCCAUCCAGGUUCCGCUCCCUCCACUGCCUCCUUUACCCAGAGACGCCCUGGUGUCCACAGCUGGCUGCUCAGUGAGCUCAGAGCUGCCGGCACUCACCCGCGAGGGCCCUGAGGGAGGCAGCCCCGGCGGGGCCCCUGGGUGCCGAGUCAGGCUGUCUGGGGGCCGGGGGCCUAGGGGAUGGCCAGAGAGGCUCCUGCAGGCCUUGGAUGGCUGAACUGACAAGGAGAUGGGCUGGGACUUGGGGGUCCUAACUCUAGAGCGUGAUGUGGGGCCAUGGGUGGGCUCUGGCCUCUCUCCCCCAAGUCUCCAGGCCACCCAGUCACUGAGGGUGCCCAGGGGGAAUCACAGCAAAUGGUGGGGGUGGGGGAGCUGCGUCAGAGGCUUUUGGUACAGAGCAGGCUCCCCCCUGCAACUGCUUACAACCCCAGGCGAGGGGUCCUCAUGGGUGCUGCCCACCGGAACCAUCCUCUCACUCACUUUUCCAGCCUCCCUGGCGGUUGGGGGCGACCGCACAACCCUGCUCUGGCUGGUGGGAACUAAGCAAAGUCCUUGGGGGGCGAUUUCUGGGCAUGGAUUUGAGUGCCAGACCUUACCUUCCUAUUGUGACUGUGGCUGUGAUGGCUGGCUCUGGGGCAGCCACCUUGGUGCCAUGAAGGAAAGACCCCGACGGCCGUCUGCAGCUGUGCCCCUCAGCGUCCGAUUCUGUAAGAAAAUUAAACCCUUGUUCGUUCA